GAAAAAAAAAAUUUAUUUUUAAUUUAUCGAAAUUAAACAAAUUUCAUAAGAGUUGAUUCAGUAAGUAGCGUCCUCUUCAAAAAAGGUCUUCCAGAUGUUGAAUGACGUCAGAUAUGAUAAUCCAGUAGUUCUUUAAAAUUGAAACAUUCAAAGAUAGUGUUGAGAACCUCAAUUAAACUUACCGGUAAUGAGUGGGGAUUGGAAAAACCACUUUACAAAACGAAUUCUAUUGAUUAAUCAGUCACGUUAUUUUAGUGGUAUUGAACUUUUAAGUUAUGACUGUAAAAAGUUGGCUUAUUUAACUCACAUGCUCCAAAAAUUUUAAAUAGGACACCAUUACAUAAAAACAAUAUUCUUCAAAGUUUGAUUGAGAAAAAAUAUAUUUUAUUGUUAUUAAAAUGGUUGAUAUGUCAACAGUUCCACUUGUUGCUUUAUCACAAGAAACAAGAUUUUUGCUAUCGACAUUAUUGAAUCCUAUAAAAGCUCUUCCUACAUCUGAUGGGAAACCAAGAGACUGGCGAGGACUAGCUGAUUUAUUUCUCAUUGGAGGAGAAAUGAUACCAUCAAUUGUAACAAGUCCAGAUCCAACAGGAUGUUUAUUGGAAUUAGUAAAAAAUUCUAAAUAUACUCUAAAAGAUUUCCAAAAUAUGUUAGAAAAUAUUAGUCGAUGGGAUGUAAUAGAUGAUUCUGAAUUACUUUUCGAAAAAGAUGCUGAACAAUACUUUGAAAGGAUGGAAAGAAACAAAGAGUCUGCUGACGUAUUUAAAUAUGAAGUAGAUAAUAAAAUGCUCACUAUAGAUGAUCUUUAUAGAGUUAAAGCAGGAUUAAAAACUCAACAUUAUGAUGCAUUUCUUCUUUGUGCUGAUGAAGACUUCACAGAAUUAGUUAUCAACAACUUGGAGCAAAAAUACAAUUUAAAACUAUGUAUAAAAGAUCGAGAUUUAAUCAGUGGUAUAACGUUCGAACAUGAGGCAAUUAUGGAGUUAAUAUCUGAACGUUGCAAUAGGUUGUUGGUUGUUAUUUCUCCGAAUUUUUUAAAAAGCCCAGAAAAUAAAUUUUUUCUCAAUUAUGCUCAAGCUCUUAGUAUUGAAAAACGUCAAAGAAAAGUGAUACCUUGUUUGUACAAAGAAUGUGACAUACCUUCACAAUUGAGAUACACAUUUAUCUUAAAUUACAAUAAACCACAUUUAUAUGAAUUCUGGAAAAGACUGAAUGAGUCUAUAGAGACUGUAAAAUCUGAUUUACCUGUUAAAAGCAAUUCUUGUGAAGAAAUAUUAAAAGGGUCAACUGACUGUGAUUUAAAUAAAUGUGAUUCAACAUUAGAUAAAGAAGAAUCGGACAAAGAAACAUCGAGUAAGGCAAAAUUAUUUUUUAAGACACCUCAGAAACGUGUGAAACAGAGCAGUGUUCCAGAUAAUAAAUCUUCAAACAAUCAAGAUAAUCCAAUAAUGAAUCUUCCUUCAUUAGAAGGUUUAGACAGCUUAGAAUCUACAUCUGUUAAUCUUGACUCUCCGAAAAAAAACAAAAAAAAGAAAACAUUUAAAGCGUAUAAAGAGAAAAUUAAAUGUCUAGUUGGAAACAAAUCUUAAAUCAUAUAUCAAUGAAAAUUUCAUCUGUGAUAUUUCUAACGUAAGACACUAUUUUUGCUGUAAAUGUACAUAAUUUGAUUCGAUAGAAUAAAUUCAUAUUUUUAUAAGCUAGACAUGUUAAUAAAUAAUUACUGAA